AUGGGUUUAGUCAAGGUUGUUAAGAACCGCGCGUACUUCAAGCGCUUCCAGACCAAGCUGAAGCGUCGACGUGAGGGAAAGACCGAUUACUAUGCUCGGAAACGCCUCACUGUUCAGGACAAGAACAAGUACAACACCCCAAAGUACCGUCUGAUCGUUCGUUUCACCAACAAGGACGUUAUUGCCCAGGUUUGUUUUACUUUUGUAUUUUUGUUUUCUGAUUUAGGAGACAUGAUAAUUAUUAGUUAUUUUAUGCCAUUAGAUGCCCUAAAUCUGUUUUUAAAAGCUAUUCUUUUAGAUCGCUUACUCAAAGAUCGGAGGAGACGUUGUUGUCUCAUCUGCCUACGCUCAUGAACUUCCCCGUUAUGGCAUCAAGGUCGGUCUUACCAACUACGCUGCCGCUUACGCCACUGGUCUUCUCUUGGCCCGCCGCCACCUGAAAUCCAUCAAGCUUGACACUUUGUACAAGGGAACCGAAGAAGUCAACGGUGAGGAUUACAACGUCGAACAGGAGGGAGAUAACCCAAACCCCUUCCAGGCCGUGCUUGAUGUCGGUCUUGCUCGUACAACCACUGGAGCCAAAGUAUUCGCCGUGAUGAAAGGAGUUGCUGAUGGAGGAAUCAACGUUCCACACAGGUAAUUUAAAUAAAAUUUUGGUCGUCUACCGAAAUGAUUAAAUUUGUUUCAGUGAAUCUCGGUUCUACGGAUAUGACCCAGAGUCGAAGGAGUACAACGCUGAGGCCCACCGUGACCGAAUCUUCGGCAAACAUGUCGCCGAGUACAUGAAACAGCUAAAGGACGAUGACGAGGACGCCUACAAACGCCAAUUCUCUCAAUUCAUCAAGGCCGGCAUCUCGCCCGACUCUUUGGAGGGCAUCUACAAGAAGGCCCAUGACGCCAUCCGUGCUAACCCUGAACCAGAAGCCAAGAAGGAGAAGAAGGUCGAGAAGAAACGUUGGACUGCCAAGAAGCUGACCCACGAGCAAAGAAAGGCCCGCGUCUCCACAAAGAAGGCCUACUUGUUGCACUUGAAAAACCUUCAAGAACAACAGUAA